AGUUGGCAUUGUUAAUUAGUUAGUAAUAGUUUCUUUCUUCUUUAAAGGUGCAGGAUCUUGCCAUCCAAUCAGCUGGCUAGAAAGGGUUUCCUUCCAGUGCUCCGAGCUGAUAUAGGAAAGGAAAUCCGUAGUUUUUUCUUGUUUUUUGUUCAGUUUUUGUUUCCCUUUGUCUUCUAUUAAAUGUAAAUCAGAUCCUUUCUAUGAAGGUUGUUUGUGAAAUCUGAAGUAUUUUUUCAUUCACUGGGGAGUCUUUCUGUAUGCAAAUAUUUGAUUGUGUCCCUGAGGAUUUCAGACUGAGCCAUACAGGCUUAUCUUGAGAAGUUUUUUUUUUUUCCUGCAGGUUUUAGAUGGGGGUGGCGGGGGGCCUGAUCAGUUUCAAGAUGUUUUUCCUUUUGGUUAUAUGUUUAAUGCUCUCAGCUGAGGCACAGAAGAAAACGGCACAGGACAGUCGAUGUGAUGCACGCAAUACUCUCCAGUUCAGCACAGUGUGCACCUCUUGCGCGGCCGUUCCUAGAGCAUGGUGUCCUCCAGGUUCCAGAAGGACCACCCAGAUCACUGGAGUCAAAGGCUGCAGUUACCUUGUAGACCUGGGAGAAGAAACCCUGACCCUGUCCGGUUGCAGUCAUACCUGUGAAAAAGAUGUCACCGAACACAAGUGCUGCCCUGGGUUCUGGGGACCUGACUGCAUGCCUUGUCCCAGCAAGUCUGGCAAGCCCUGCAAUUGGAAAGGUAUCUGCAUGGACGGAGUGACUGGGAAUGGAACUUGCAUUUGUGAGGCUGGGUUUAGUGGCUUUGCAUGUCAGGAGUGUAAAGAUGAAAAUGUAUAUGGGCCAGACUGUCAAUUAGAGUGUGACUGUGUUCAUGGAAUAUGCAGCUCUGGCAUUGGAGGAAAUGGAAGCUGCAUUUGUGAGACAGGAUACACUGGAGUAAGGUGUGACCAAGAAUCUCAGCUGUGUCAUGGUAUGGACUGUGGGGAGAAUUCUGUUUGCAAUGAAGGUGCUGGAGGGACUGCUGUCUGUGGCUGCAUGCCUGGCUUCCAGAAAACUGGACAGCAAUGCCUGCCUCAAGAUCCUUGUGCCCAGAACGUCUGUGAUCACAAUGCUGACUGUGUAAACCAUGGACAAAGGAAAUAUGAUUGCAGAUGUAAAGAAGCCUACCAAGGAGAUGGGAAAGUGUGUGUUCCAGUAAACCCAUGCUUGAUUGACAAUGGAGACUGUCCUACAAACUCAACAAACUGUGUAUAUAAAAGCGUAGGAAAGACAUUGUGUGUGUGUAAGAGUGGGAUGGAAGGAGCCAAUCCCUCAGCUGGCUGUACAUUAAAAGAUGUGUGCAAGAAAGACAGCUGCGACAAAAGUGCAAAAUGUGUAACGGGACUGGAUGGGACGGCUAGCUGUGUUUGCAAGAAGGGGCAGAUUUCUGAUGGUACGUUUUGCUAUGGAAACAUCAUAGAAAGGAUUUUGGAGCUGAACACAGAGUCAAGACAUAAAGGAAAACUUACCAGUGCGAUUAAUAUGUUCGAAAAGGGAUGUGAACUUGCCUUGAGCAAAAGACUAUUUACAGUAUUUGUUCCAGCCUCAACGUUCACAGUAACUGGGAUGUCAGAAAAGUACUUAUGCAAAUUGCACAUGAUUAUUGGCCUGCACAUGUUCAGUGAUUUACAAGACAAGGUGUUCUGGACACUGGGAGGGGAGCCAGUUCAUUUCAUGGCAGACAAGAGCUUUAGCUUCCAAAGAGAUCAAAGUAAAACGUACCGUAUACUGCAGAGUGACCUCGCCGCAGCCAAUGGGAUCAUUCACAUUAUCAACCAGCCAGUAACCAACAUCAGUCCAGAGCAUGCAGAAAAUGAGCAGGAUUCAAAGAAAACAAUUGAAGAAAUCAUAGCAAACCAACAUAAGUUCAGUAGAUAUCAAACACUGUUAGAGAACUGUGAAAUGUCUCCGAUAUUGGAAGGCCCUGGUCCUUUCACAGUAUUUGUACCAACCAACGAGGCAGUGGAUCAGCACAGAGAUGGCACUAUCAUAUAUCUACUUACAGAUGGAAAGAAAAAACUUCAAGAGCUUGUGAAACAUCACAUUUAUGCAUCAGCCUCGGUUACUGUAGACAGGCUGGCUGCCAUGCCCCAGAUCCUCACCAAGGCAAAUCAAAUAAUCACUGUUAACGUUACCAGUGAUGGCAGAAUUGUAUUGGGUGGCAAAGCAGUGGUUUUAAAUCAGCAGGAUAUUGUUGCAUCAAAUGGAAUCAUUCACGUCAUAGAUGGAAUUUUAAUUCCUCCUUCAAUUGUCCCAAUCCUGCCCCACAGAUGUGAUGUGACCGAGUAUAACAUCGUAAUGGGUCAGUGUGUGGAUUGCAGUAAACUGGACACCACGAGCUGUCCUUUAGGAAGCACAGAGCUGGACAAGUUUCACAAGGGCUGUGACUAUAUCUCCUCUGUUAUGAACAUAAUCACUAACAGGAGGGGUUGUGCCAAAUACUGCAACAGGACUGUUGUGAGACCUGAUUGCUGUAAGGGCUUUUAUGGCCCCGACUGCAAAGCUUGCCUGGGCGGAUUUCAAAAUCCGUGUUACCAGCAUGGGACAUGCAAUGAUGGGAUUCAAGGCAAUGGCACCUGCAGCUGUCUUCCAGAUUUUCAAGGCAUUGCCUGUCACAUUUGUUCCAACCCAAACAAACAUGGUGAAAUGUGUGAUGAAGAUUGCAAGUGCUUGCAUGGUGUUUGUGAUAACAGGCCUGGAAGCAAAGGGGUGUGCAGGAUCAAUUCCUGUGCAGAAGGUUACACAGGAGAAUUGUGCGACAGAGUAACAAAGCCUUGUGGCCCGUCUGGCUUGUCUCAGUAUUGCCAUAUAAACGCUGUCUGUGAUUACAGUGACAAUACAAGGUGUGUUUGCCGGAAUGGGUAUGAAGGAGAUGGCUUUUCUUGUCAGGAAAUGAACCCCUGUCAGAAGGCUGACCGAGGUGGCUGUUCUGCAAAUGCAAGGUGCAUCUACACAAGCCCAGGCAAUGCCACCUGCAUUUGUAAUGAAGGCUGGGCAGGGGAUGGGCAAGCCUGUGUGGAGAUUGACAACUGUUUACUUAAUAACAGAGGAGGCUGCCAUUACAAUGCAGACUGUAUAACUCAGGGUCCUGGACAGAGCGAGUGUGUGUGUAAGAAGAACUAUAUGGGAGAUGGUUAUAACUGUGACAUAAUAAACCCCUGUUUGCAAAGCAAUGGAGGCUGUCAUUCCUUGGCUAAGUGCAAGCCUCUUGGAGAUGGUGAACGAGAGUGUCUUUGCCCUGAGGGUUAUGGAGGGGAUGGAGCUAUAUGCUACGGAAACAUUUUAACAGAACUGGCAAGCAAUUCCAACUUCUUCAGUUUUUAUCAGUGGAUCAAGAGUUCCUCAUUGUCUAACCCAGAAGGCAAUGUAACUGUCCUGGUGCCAUCUGAAAAUGCCAUAAAGGGUUUGAAAGAAGAGGUUCGAGAAUUCUGGAUGAAGCCUUACAUGCUGCCAUUUCUAGUCCGAGUGCACUUUCUGGAAGGCGCGUUUACCACGGAUGAUCUAAAGCAGCGAGGAGAUGUGGAGCUGUCCACACUGAACCCACGCACAAAGUGGGAAGUAAAGGACACCAGUGGGACUGUGAUGAUACAGAACGCCAGCAUCCUCAUUUCUGACAUUCCUGCAGUGAAUGGUUUCAUUAACGUCAUUGACCAGGUUUUAAUACCCUCACUGGCAGAUAUUCCCCCGCCACCCCCAGGUCUAAUGCAAGUCCUGAAUCAAACCACCUCCUUCAGCUUGUUCAAGAAGGCUUUACUGCAUUACAAUCUGACAGAGAAAAUUGACUCAUCAGAAAAGUACACCAUUCUUAUUCCUUUCAAUAAAGCAAUAGAGGAUCAUCUCAAUGCAACAGGAUCAGAAGAGCUGGAUGAAGACUCUGUAAGGUAUCACAUCAUAGUGGAAGAAAGACUGCUGCCUGGGAAUCUGAGGAAUGGGAUUCACAAAAGUACUAUGUUGGGAUCCUCUUAUCAAAUAAUGUUUCACAAUAACAAUGAAAACCAGACCUAUGCCAAUGAAGUGCCACUGAACGGGGUAUUUUAUAGUACUAGAAAUGGGAUGUUGAUGGGCAUUUCUCAGCUUUUACACAUUCAUAAGAACCGAUGUGACAAAAACGUAACCAUUCCAACAAAGGGGUUCUGUGGACGUUGUGAUGGAAACUACAGGUGUCCUAAGAGAGCAAUCCCACUUACUCAUGUAGCAGAUAUGGCAGCUCUGAAGUCGAACUGCAAAUACAGAAAAAAGAAUAAAAAAGUGGAUGGUUGUUCCUACCAGUGUUUGACUGUCACCGAGGACCAUAAUUGCUGUCCAGGCUAUUUUGGACUAAAUUGCUUUAAGUGCCCAGGAAAGCCAGGGAACUGGUGUUCCAACAACGGCAUCUGUCAGGAUGGUGUUCUGGGCUCAGGGGAUUGCCUGUGCAAAGAAGGGUUCCACGGCACCGCCUGUGAAGAUUGUGAGCCUGGACGACAUGGGACCAGCUGUGAAUCAGAAUGUACAUGCAUCCAUGGGAAAUGUCUCGAUGGAAUAGGAGGCGAUGGGAAGUGUGUCUGCUACAAAGGGUGGAAAGGAGCAAACUGCUCCGUAGAAAUUGUUGCUGACCCAUGCAAUGACACAUGUGACCCUAACGCCAACUGCUUAACGGGCCUCCCUGGGUCGCUCCCGACCUGCUCUUGCUCUGCUGGAUACGCUGGGAAUGGAAGCUUCUGCUCAGAGAUUAAUCCAUGUGAUAGUGGUAAUGGGGGAUGCUCAGAGCAUGCAAACUGCACUAAGAUCUCCCCUGGGGAGAGGAGCUGCACAUGUACUGAAGGCUACUUUGGUGACGGGGUGGUGUGUAUAGAGAAAGACGGCUGUCUAAUAGACCACGGAGGGUGUCAUCGUCUAGCUGAAUGCAUCAAAACAGGGCCUAAUUUAGUUGGUUGCAACUGUCUCCCAGGCUACAGUGGGGAUGGUAAAAUGUGUUUGCCGAUCAAUCCUUGCAAAACGAACAAUGGAGGCUGCAGUGAUUUUGCCUGGUGUAGAUACACUGAGCCAGGGUCCCGCAAUUGCUCCUGUAGGUUUAGCUAUGUUGGAGAUGGUCUGACAUGCAGAGGAAGGUUACAUCGGGAACUAGACCGAGAACCAGCAGCUUCAUGGUUUAAUAAAAAGGCACAGACGCACAUGUUGAAGGAGUUAAAUGGAGACGGGCCUUUCACUGUCUUUGUUCCCCAUCAGGAUUACAUUAGUAAUGACACGAUAGAGGAGUGGAAGAACAAGAGUCUGACUGGUCACAUGGUACGCUAUCACGUUGUUGGCUGCCAGACGCUGCUGCUCUCUGAUAUUCAGUCCCUCAGCACACUGGUCACUCUGUCUGGAAGCUCCCUGCAGAUAUCGGUGGAAGAGGACACCGUUUACCUAAACAAAGAAGUGAAAAUCGUCAGCAGUGACUUUGUGACCUCCAAUGGGGUUAUUCAUUUUAUUGACAAGGUUUUAGUCCCCAGCGAUCUGCAGAACAAAAGUGACUUACAUCAACCUAAGAAAAAUGUUACUGAAACAGCAGAGUCUCACGGAUAUACUGUAUUCAGCAAGCUGCUGCAGGAUGCAGGCUUGCUGUCGAUGGUACAAAAUAGUCUCCACCACCCUUUCACAAUGCUGUGGCCUACUGACAAGGUUUUUAAUUCUCUCCCUGAUGAAAGAAAGAAAUGGCUGUACAGUGAAGAUCACAGAGAUAAACUGGCAGCGUAUAUCAAAGCUCACAUCAUAAGGGAUAACAAGAUUGUGGCGGCUGAUCUGCCAAAUCAGAAAUCCCUGAGAACACUGUAUGGUUCACUGAUCUCGUUCGCCUGCAGCAGAAACAUAACUGGUGACAUUUUUGUGGAUGAUGGGAAUGCUAAGAUAGUUGACCGGCAGAUAGAGUUCGAUGUUGGGAUUGCUUAUGGGAUAGACCAGCUCCUGGAACCGCCCAACAUGGGGGCCCGCUGCGAUGAUUUUGUAACCACAACGGUUUCUGGUAGGUGUGGGAGCUGCAGUUUCACACCGUCAUGUCCUACUGGAUCGACUAUGGUUAGAGUUAGUCUGUGUUCACAUCCUUACUAUUAUACUUCUGGCUUGUUUCACUCACCUUUUGGGUACCGUAGAAGAUACCAUCAUUUGAUGAAUCCCUUCCACCAUCAGCUUUCAGCUGGUUGUAUGAAGGAAUGCAAUUCUACACAGUGGGUUGAAAAGUGUUGUAAAAAUCAUUAUGGAAGGGAUUGCCAAGUCUGCCCUGGUGGUCUGGAGGCUCCCUGCAGUAACCAUGGUGCUUGUAAUGAUGGGAUGGCUGAACAAGGCAAAUGCAACUGCUCAUUGGGGUUCACCGGGACAACAUGUGGACAGUGCGCUCCCAACCGAUAUGGACCAGACUGUAGGGAAUGCAGUUGCACUGUGCAUGGGAAGUGUGCUGAAGGAAUUGAUGGAGAUGGAAGCUGCUUCUGCAAGGAGGGCUGGACAGGAGAGAACUGUGAACUCCAGCUUGGAGUGAAGCCUGUUUGUACACCUGAAUGCGAUGCCAAUGCUGUAUGCCAGCCUAACAACAUAUGCGAGUGUGAUUCACUGUAUGAGGGGGAUGGUAGAAACUGUACAGUUGUGGAUUUGUGCAUGGAUUCCAAUGGAGGAUGUCAUGAGCACGCAACCUGCACUCAGAACGAUGUCAGUCGCACCUGUACGUGUUUGCCUGCCUAUACGGGAGAUGGCUACUCCUGUACAGCAAUAAACCGCUGUGUAUCUGAUAAUGGAGGAUGUAGUGAAUUUGCCACGUGUAUCUUCACUGGUCCAAAUGAACGAAGGUGUGAAUGCAAUGAAGGCUUUGUGGGUAAUGGAGUGCAGUGUCUGGAAAAAGCAAUUCCUCCACUAGAUCGCUGCUUAGAGGAGAAUGGAGGCUGUCAUCCACAGGCUAUUUGCGCAGACCUUCACUUUGAAGAGAAAACGGCUGGAGUGUUCCAUGUGCAGUCACCGAAAGGGAAAUACAAGCUAACCUACAGUGAUGCGCUGGCAGCCUGCCAGGCUGAAGGAGCUACCAUGGCAACCAUUGCUCAGCUGUCCGCAGCACAGCAGUUUGGUUACCAUUCCUGUGCAGCAGGUUGGCUGGAUUCUGAAAAUGUCGGUUAUCCAACCACAAACCCCUCACUCAACUGUGGCAACAAUCAUGUUGGAGUUGUGCUGUAUAAUAAGCCAGGGAGCCUUUAUGAUGCUUACUGCUACAGAAUUAAAGAUGUCAGUUGCGUCUGUCGAGAUGGAUAUGUAGGGGACGGAGAUUUCUGUAAUGGAAACUUGCUGGAUGUUGUAGCUUCCAAUGCUAAUUUCUCAGUGUUUUACUCUACAUUACUAGAGUAUGCAAACUAUUCUUCAAGGGGAGUAGAACUUGUGGAUUUUCUGUCGAAUUAUACCACGUACGAGACGCUGUUUGUGCCAGCAGACGCUGGAUUUAGAGAGAACGAGACUUUAUCCUUGAGAGACCUUGAGUAUCACAUCUCUGUCAGUGACAGCUUUAUCUUCUACGAUGAAAUGUCUCAUGGCACAGUUAUACCAUCCAGACUGGGUUACAACCUCUCUGUGACUGUAUCCUCAUUUAAGAGAUGGAAGUUAACCAAUGGUUCCAAACUAGUAAACGACCAUCUGAUUGUAGAGUGGGAUAUCCCUGCUUCCAAUGGAAUUCUCCACGUCAUUGAAAGACCUUUGAAGGCCCCGCCUCCUCCAGUCCUGUCUGCUGUGGCUCCUGCCUCCCCUCACAGCUCUGCUGCAGUCAUCUCCACUGUCCUCGCGGUGUGUUUGCUGGCUGUGGCUGCUGGCGGGGUGCUCUACUUCUGCUUCAAACCCAAGAAUGAGGGCUUUCACUUCCGCUAUUUCAAGGCGGACGAAGAUGAAGACGAUGGUAUGCCCUCGCCAGCAGAAGGGAGAUCUUCAUUGGUUUCAGUACCGAAUCCACUGUUCAGUGGUUACAAUGCAUUUACGGAACCUUUUGAUGAAACCACAGACAUUGAUUAUUCAGACACUCAGAAUAUUCUUGGUUAGCCCAAACGAUGCAAGAAAAUCUCAAAUCCCUGCCCGGUGGCCUGUUGUCAGAUAAGUUUCUAGUCUCAAGGGCUGGAUGGUGGAACCACAGAGUGCAUAUACGGGUAUUUUAAAACAAAGUAAUUAGGACAUGACUACUAAUACUACUAUUUCAAGAGAGAUCUGAGGAUCGAUGGGGAAGCUACACUACUGAUAAAUGAUUAGAAACAGCUUUGAAAAACAGUUUACACUAAAAACAUUAAGCACUUGUACUUUGUCAUUGCAAUACUAAGAUAUUCCGUGCAUUUUCAUAAGACAUUACAAAUGAAUUAAAACUGGAACGUUGUUUUUCUGGUGAAAUUAAUAUACAAUUGUGUUGGUUGUUUUGUUUGAACAAAUGCAUUAUUAAAAGUUUGAUGUACUAAUAAAAGUAUUAAAGCUUUGGAAGUUG